CGGACCCCACCACGAAUAGCUUCAUUGUCGUUGGGGCACUCGCAUACCGUUCAUUUACUUCACUGUUGUCCGCGAGCACGCUCUGCAGUCGCCGAGUAUGGCGCACGCCAUUCCUUCAAUAGCCUGCCUAGGUGUCAUAGGCCGCAAUAACAACCCACUACACAUCACAAUAUUCCCGUCCUACAACCCAACCAGCAGCAACGACACACAGUCCGCCUCCGCGCCCCUGCGCACACCGCUGCAGUUCAGCCUCUUGCUCUCGAGCACGCUCGACGUCUUUGCCCGGCGCGCCCAGCACGCCGCGUCCACGGGCACCCUGCUCUCCGGCGACUUCGGCAUGCUGCACGCCGUCGACGAGCGGCUCGCCGCGUACGGCUUCGAGACCAACACGGGCGUCAAGUUCGUCGCCGUGGUGGACAUGCGCGGGCGGUUACCUGGCGGUGGUGGCAGUGGCAGCGGCGCUGGCGGCAGCACGAGUGGCGCCGCCUCCGCGGGCAGCAGGGGUGGGUCAGGCGGUAUGAUGAUGACAAACACGUCGAUAUCUGCGGCGGCGGCGGCGGCUGCGGGCAGCGGCGUCGGUCUGCGCGAGGGCGAGCUCAAGGUGGUCUUCCGCGCCAUGCAGACGGCGUACGUGCGGCUGCUGCAGAACCCGUUCUAUGAUCCGGACGAGCACUCGCCGCUGGCUGGCAGGGGCGGCAAGAGGAUCACGAGCCGCAAGUUUGCAGACGAGAUGAGACGCAUCGGGGAGGCGUGGGCGCCGGGUGUGACGAGCCUCUAAGGGGGGCAUUUUUCUUUGUGGCGGCGGUGACGGUGCGGUUAUGGAGGAGGAGGCUGUGGCUGGGUUGCCCGACGACUCGGAGGCGGCAUUGUUGUCUUGCGAGUCGCGCCGGAUGUUCUAGCAAGAGUUGCAUUAAACAGAAUGUGGGUUCGAUCGGGCUGGCGAUGAGAGUACGGGACAAGCAGUGGUAUUUGAUCUUAUGGCAUGGGCGGAGUUACAAGGCGCAUUUCUAUCAUCAUCGGCAUAUCCCCAAGAGUCAAAUACAGCAAGUUAUUAAUUGG